AUGGCUUCCGCAAGAUUUUUCUCCCUCUUUCCCGUAGUCACUCUCUCUCUUCUCCUCACAACGACCGAUGCUUCCUCUCGAUCCCUACCAACUUCACACGAAACGACCGAACUCAACGUCGUUUCAUCUCUCCAGCAAACACAACACAUCCUCUCCAUCGACCCAACUCGUUCCUCACUCACCACCACAACAACCACCAAACCCGAACCCGUCCCGAUCUUCCUCAACUCCUCCUCUCCACUCUCUCUAGAGCUCCACUCCCGAGACACACUCCUCGCGUCACAGCACAAAGACUACAAAAGCUUAGUACUGAGUCGACUCGAGCGAGACUCAUCCCGAGUCUCCUCAAUCCUCGCCAAACUCAGUCUCGCCCUCGACCUCGACGAGACCGUUUACCAACCCGAGGAGCUAACGACACCUGUCAUCUCCGGAGCUAGCCAAGGAAGCGGCGAAUACUUCUCCCGCCUCGGUGUCGGAACCCCGACCAAAGAGAUGUACUUAGUCCUCGACACAGGAAGCGACGUGAACUGGAUCCAGUGCAAACCCUGCUCAUCCUGCUACCAACAAUCCAACCCGAUAUUCGACCCGAGCACAUCCUCAACCUACAAAUCCCUCACGUGCUCAGCUCCACAGUGCGCUUCCCUAAGAGCCUCCGCGUGUCGCACAAACAAAUGUCUCUACCAAGUCCGUUACGGAGACGGAUCAUUCACUGUCGGCGAAUACGCAACCGAUACGGUGACGUUCGGCAACUCGGGUAAAGUAAACGACGUCGCUUUAGGGUGUGGUCUUCAUAACGAAGGUCUCUUCACCGGAGCAGCCGGUUUACUCGGUUUAGGCGGCGGAGCCUUGUCGAUGACGUCUCAGAUCAAAGCCAAGUCCUUCUCCUACUGCCUCGUGGACCGUGACUCGGGGAAAUCGUCGAGUCUCGACUUCAACUCGGUGCAGAUCGGCGGCGGAGACGCGACGGCGCCGAUUCUCCGUAACAACAAGAUCGACACUUUCUACUACGUGGGGCUCAGCGGGUUCAGCGUCGGCGGGCAGCAGGUCUCCAUCCCGGCGCCGGUGUUCGCCGUCGACGCUACGGGAGGCGGAGGUGUGAUCUUGGACUGCGGAACCGCCGUGACUCGGCUCCAGACUCAGGCUUAUAACUCGCUUCGCGACGCGUUUGUUAAGCUCACGGCGAAUCUCAAGAAAGGGACUUCGAGCAUCUCUCUGUUUGACACGUGCUAUGACUUCUCGUCUCUGUCUACAGUGAAAGUGCCGACGGUGGCGUUUCAUUUCACCGGGGGGAAGACGCUUGAUUUGCCGGCGAAGAAUUACUUGAUACCUGUUGAUGAUGCGGGGACGUUUUGCUUCGCUUUUGCUCCGACGUCGUCUUCGUUGUCGAUCAUUGGGAACGUGCAGCAGCAAGGGACACGUAUUACUUACGAUCUAGCGAAUCAUGUUAUCGGAAUGUCGGCUAAUAAGUGUUGA